ACUAAUGUUUCAAAAAGAUAAAUGCUCAACCCAUCUCCUUAAAGAAUUUCCAAGGCGCCUGAGACAACAAAGUUAAAAUCCCCUUCCUCUUGUCACAAAAUGAAUUACUCUAGCUGCAGCAAGAUGAAAAAUGUUCCCCUUGGCCACAAAACAUCACUACUUGCAAACAAGACACUAGUAUUUGAUUUUGAGGGUGUUCUCUUAAGAUCCACUUCACUUUUCCCUUACUUCAUGCUGGUUGCUUUUGAAGCUGGUGGUUUACUAAGAUCCUUAAUUUUGUUCCUUUCAUACCCUUUGGUGUGGCUGGUGGGUGAGGAUCAACUAGGCUUGAAAAUCAUGGUUUUCUUGUCCUUUUUUGGUAUAAAAAUGGACACAUUCAGAAUAGGAUCAGCUGUUCUGCCAAAAUUCUUCUUAGAAGAUGUGGGAUGGGAAGGCUUUGAAGCUGUGAGGUGUUGUGAGAGAAAAGUUGCAUCAAGUAAGUUGCCAAGGAUCAUGGUUGAAGGUUUCUUGAAUGACUACAUAGGGGUUGAGGCUGUUAUAGCUAGAGACAUAAAGUCCUUCAAUGGGUACUUUCUGGGGUUGUUUGAGAAUAAGAAAGCAAGUAAAAGCAAAACUCAUUCACCUGAGGCUAAAGAGGGCAAUGACAUCAAGUACAUUGACCAAGAAGUUUUCCCCUAUUUCCAGAAAUUUUGCUUAACUUUGAGCUCUGAUGAGAGGAGAAAUUGGCUUGUUCUUCCUAGAGAGAGGUACCCUAAGCCAUUGAUCUUCCAUGAUGGAAGAUUAGCUUUCAGACCAACCCUUCCAUCUUCUCUAGCUUUCUUCAUGUGGUUACCCCUUGGACUCUUUCUUUCCAUCUUCAGAUUUAUAUUCGGUACUGCAUUACCCUUCAAUUUGUCAGCUCCAAUAUUAGCAUUCUCAGGGACAAGAACCACUCUUUCAAGAGAGCAUGAACAUGGCUCUUUUUCUUUGACCCAAAAAGAUGAAGAAAACCAAAAGGGCAUGCUCUAUGUGUGCAAUCACAGAACCUUACUUGACCCACUUUACAUUGCAUAUGUUUUGGACAAACCUCUCUCUGCAGUCACAUACAGCUUGAGCAGAUUCAAUGAGCUAGUUGCCCCAAUCAGAACCAUAAGACUAACAAGAGACAGAGAGAAAGACAGAGAAACAAUGGAGAAAUUGCUGAGACAAGGUAACCUUGUGGUUUGUCCUGAGGGAACAACUUGCAGGGAACCUUAUUUGUUAAGGUUUAGUCCCUUGUUUGCUGAACUCACAGAUGAUAUUGUUCCUGUUGCUGUGGAUGUGAAAGUUAGCAUGUUCUAUGGAACAACAGCUAGUGGCCAUAAAUGUUUGGACCCUGUUUUUCACCUCAUGAACCCAAAUCCUAGUUACUUUGUUAAAAUCCUCAAGAGAUUACCACCAUCACAGACAUGUAAUGAAGGUGGGAGAACCAGGAUUGAGGUUGCUAAUUAUGUGCAACAUGAGAUUGGGAAUGCGUUGGGAUUUGCCUGCACCAGUUUGACCAGGAAAGACAAGUACAUGGUCUUGGCAGGUAACGAGGGUGUCAAUCAGAAACAUGGAGGUUCAUUCCAUAGCUGCCAGUAGCUAGCUAUAAAGCUUUACUUUCUGCUUCCCAGUUCCCCCUUUAGAUGCAUCUUCUUACUUUCGUUUGAAAUAAAAGUGAUUAAUUGUAUGUUUGGAUUAACUUAUUUUUCUUCCGAAUCAGUGUGGAACAUAAGAACUAUGCUUUUCCUCAAAAUUGAUUUGGCUUUAGAAUCAAUUAUUGAAGAAUUUUUACAUAUAUAAUAAUAUUUCUAUUUCUGUUA